AUUUGGGAUAAUUAUAGUGGCCUCCCCGUUGUUUCCAUAAUAUUAAAAUCAUCCAUGUUUUAGACUUUAAUUCCUAAAACAGACGAGAAAACGAAAAAGGAAGGUGAAACUGACCCAGAACAGCCUCGGUACCGUUUCCAGCACCACUGAGCGGAUAAAUAGAGAGAUCUUUCGCAUGAUUAAAUUCAAUCAAAAGCAGAGUAAUUCACGCAAAAAUGGAGGAUAAGGGUAAUGCAAACGAGGGAUGGAAGGCAUCACUCGUUAAUUUGCGGGAGAUGGCGGCCAAUCUAGAUUCUCUCCAGAAGCUGAUCGUGAAGAAAGCUAUCUUCGUGGAUGAAGAAACAUUCGCCAAAGCCUCCCUCAGCUCCGAGCAGGCGCGAAUUAUCAAGGCACUUGAACAAAGGGUAGAGACAUUAGAACGGGAGCUUGAUGCUGCAAUUACAGCUGCAGCUCGUGCUCGUGCAGAGAAGCGACAGGCUGAAGCAGCCCAACGAGCUGCUGAGUUACAUGCACAAGAGGUUACAAGGGAGCUUGAGAACACCACAAAGGUAUUCAAGCUACACAUGGAGGAGUUGCGUGCAAAGCAAGAAGAGAUCUCUAGGAGAGAUGAUGAGAUUAGAGUUUUGGAAGCUAUAGUCAAGACACUGGGUGGAAAAAAAGAUUCAUCAGCCACAAAUAUGUGAGUUCAAUGUUGUGAAUGUAAUAUUUACUGUAAUAUUGGAUAUGAUGCUUUCUGGAGUUUUGAACCUAUUCAAAGGUGCCUAAUAAGGAAAUAGAUGUGCUUGAUUAGGCCCUCUUUGGUA